GCGAGGCGAGGCUGGGCGUUUGUAUUUUUACUUUCACGCAGCUUUGAACCCUCGGCAACACGGGACGGCAGCUCUCGUUGCAUGGGGCCGCGGACAAAUUAUGGAUCGACUUCGGCUUCUUCCUCUGCGCAUGACACGCGGUCCCCCUCGACCCCCGCCGAGGUCGGAUAUAAACGCUACGCGUAUCCGCGGCGUCGUGGAUUUCAAGAAUCUCGCUGCUAAGACGACACCGGGGAUAGAAGCGAUUUUCCACUUUGCUAUUCCCGCUCGAUGACACACAUUAUUCGAAUAACUUAUUCGCACAAUCGGUGGAGGAGCUUUCGGAAACCUAGGAUACGUUUCUGCACCUUCUCUCAUACGAUUCGAUCGGAUUUAGAAGUUUCAGAAUUAACGGAAUAUAUAUACCGUACAGCAAGUUUCUACCUGCCGGCUGAAGGAUAAAUACCCCAAGUCGCAACAAUGGGGGACAAGACUUUCAACCUGACCUGGAACAACCAUCUGGCCAACCUCUCCGGCCUGUUUGAGGGUCUCUACAGAAGCGGAUCCCUCACCGACACGACCCUGGCUUGCCAAGGCGGUAUGCUCAGGGCCCACAGACUGGUGCUGGCCGCCUGCAGUCCCUAUUUUGAAAGAGUGUUCAAGGAGCACUACGGCGACCAGCCAAUCCUCAUUCUGAAAGGUGUCGCGGUCGAGGAGAUGGAAUGCCUCCUGGACUUUAUGUACAGAGGCUCGAUCGACGUCGCCGAGGAGCAUCUGGCGUCGCUUAUCAAGACCGCAACGGACCUCGAAAUCCGGGGACUUUCCGCUGACCACAAAAACGACGGUGCCUACCAACCCCACACCGUCAAGGCUUCCUGCACGACUCAGAGCAAGGUUGAUAGGUGUCAGAUAGAGGCAAGGGUCCAGGCUAUUGAACGGAGGAAGGGAAAAGGCGCGGGAGCCUCGACCGAUGGGUAUCAGCAGAAGCAAAAAGAUCAGGACGUUAAGCUCGAGGAAAUCGAGGACGACCCGAUGGUCGUCGAGGCCGAGGAGAACUUCGAGUCGUCGAUGGAUACGCCCGACGAGCAAAUCAGACGAAUCCCACCGCCAAUGUACAAGCGCGAGACGAGGUACAAAGGCCAAAAACGAGUCCCCGUUGGUCGCGUGCCCAGGAACACGGACGUUCUUGACAUAAAGAUAAAGGACUGCGUCUCACUGAAGAAUUCACCCGGUGAAGAUCUCUUCGAGGAGAGCAUGUCCCUACCUGCCGUCAAAGAGGAACCCUCCUUCGGCAAUUGUCCCGACCCCACCGUACCCACUGUUCAGCUGAAUGAAGAGCCCUUCGAGCAGGAUCAAGAUCUCGAUAAUUUGGGAUCAACCAGCGGGGCUGCUUCAACGGAAACGACGUCAAAGUCUCACUCGAGUUCUGGAAAGUCCGAGGUAACGGGAAAAAGGGUCAGCUCUAAAGAGCACAAGGCACAAUACAAACCGUUCUCGUGCGACCUUUGCACCCUGGCAUUUACGAGGGCGUCUCACCUCGCGCGUCACAGGCGUGUCCAUACCGGCGAACGUCCCUUCGCCUGCACCCUUUGCCCGAGGAUGUUCGCAAGGCAGGACAAACUCAAGCAGCACCUCGACUCUCACCUGCAAUGGCCAAAGCGACGAUCCCUCGGGCACAAUCUGAGCGGGCAUUCGAUCGGGGGAAACGAAGGAAGCUGCCCGCCGACGAAAGGCAGACGCGGAAGACCGCGGAAGAUAUCUUCCGAGCAGUCAGCGAUGGAGGAGAUCCUCAAAUUCGGAGAGUUCAGUUCUUUGCUUAACAAAUCGCAGAACAGUGAGAGCAAUGCUGACGGCGAAGGUGGUUUGACAUGCGUCAAGGACGAGGCGUCUCUUUACAAGGAUGUUGAUUGCAGCUACGGUUGUCAAGUGGAAAACGGACACGAUGUUCAAUGAAACAGCGAUACUCCCUCCAUCCCAAGUCCUAAGGAUCCACCAUAAAGUCACUUAUACUUUUCAACCAUGCGAUUCGAAUAUUUUUCUAUGAUAUACAUAUUACUAUAUUAUAAUGAAAAUCUGUGCCCCUCGUAAAGUUUCGUUCAGGGAUAAUUACACGGAAGAAACAAAUGAUUCGGGGCGUCUAGCGCUCAGGGAAUUUUGGGAAACAAGGAAUAUCCAAGGAAUUUGAACUGUCUGAAAAAUUCAGGAAAUUCUAGGUAAUUACUGGUAUUUUCAUAGUUUUAUCUACGUUAGAUAUUAUUAUUCGCUUGAGUUUUUAGCUCAGGAUAAAAUGUGAAAUUGAUUCUUGAACACCAUAAAUCCCUCCAGUGGUCUGAAUUCCCCGGAUUCUAGGCACCUUGAAUCGUUCCAACGAUUACACCGCGAUAUACGUAUUGAACCAAAACAAGUGAAAAAAAAACUGAUAAGAAAG